GAAGGGAUUAAGUUCGAGUUUAUCCUGUUGGGCAGUGCUUGAAAAGCAGGCAUUGGAGAAUAAACUAGUGUUGUGUGUGAACUGUGAAACAAUGUGCACGUCGGAAAAAUGUUGUUUUGGGGUGCCGUUAAACAUAGGAUGUAUAAUAGUCGGAAUUAUCAGUGGUAUUCUCUCUAUAAUCCUGUUUUCGAUGUCUACGCUGUUCUUCAUUCUGGAGAUAGGGGUGCAUAAGAAGGAGGUCACGGAAGAGAGCGUGCACUUCGCCAAGUACCUGGGCCUCUACCUGAACUCCUCGUCAGUCCACAUCAUCCUGUCCAUCACCGUCAUCAUUUCUUUAUUAUGGAUGAUGUUCUCCAUCCUGCUGAUUUUGGGCAUCCUCAGGAACAAUGCCAACUUCGUGCUGAGCCACUUCCUAUUCGGUACCAUGAUGAACAUCAUCAGUAUGCUGAGCGCUCUCCUCGUACUGCUGCAGAGCUUAGAGAGCUGGAAACUCUCCUUCAUCCUAUUCGCAUGGUCCUUUCUCCACAUACAUUUCCUGGUGGUGAUUUACACAGCUUACGACCUUAUGAACAAGGGCAAAGACUUCAGUUUCAAUCAACGGGCAGACGACGAAGAUCUCCUGGCCGAUUACUUUGAUGACAAUCUAGAUAGUUUAUAAAAAUAAAA